UAAUUUUCAAAUUAAUCCUAAAUUCAAAAAUAAAAGUGUCAAGAUUAAAGCCUGUUCAAAAACAGCUGAUCGAUAAUGUUCAGCACUCAAAAUCCAUAGUAUCAUAAUUGACCGCCAAGCGCUUAAAUGUCAAAAUCUAUCUUUCGGGGGUUGUUUUGAUAGAUGUAACCUAAAAAUGUAAACAAAUCGUAAAAGAAAUCCGAAAACAUCUUCAAAAUUACCAGCUAAAAAUGGUUCUUUACAAUCAAAAUCCCAGUUAAAUGUUUCAUUCAGCAUUUUCCAUGGUUUAUCACCAAAGAAAAUGGAAAUGUAUGACGAAAAUGUUCAAGUCCCUGGAACUAGUUUCAGUUUUGAAGAAGGCGGAAGAGGAUGUAGAACAAAGAAGAGACAAGUAGAUCCUAUAUGCUGCCCUGUAUGUAGCUUGACUCUCCGACAAUCUGAAAUAGAUUGUCAUCUUCAUGUAGAAAUUGAAAAGCUCAACAAACUGCCCACCAGUAAACUUAAAAUAAAUGGUAAAAGCAUACCCUGCAGUUCCAAUGGUUCCAGUAGCUGUACGCAAAACGAUGGCGCUAAAAAUCGAGAAACCUAUCAAAAAGUACGAUCCAAUAGGCAAAAUAGACAAAGAGUGAAAACCAAAAAAAGAAAAGCUGAAGAUAUUAUUUGUCCAAUUUGUAAUAAAGAUGUUUCUGAUGAAAUUACAGCACAUGUCGAAAAAUGUAUUCGUAGGUCUGAACAAGGUGGUAGUGAUAAUGAUGAAAAUAUUGAUAUUGAGUCUUUUGAAGAAUAUGAAUGGGCUGGACAGUCCAGAGUUAGAGUCACUAGUCUUUUACCAGGUGGGGUAUCCACUUUAGGAACCUCAAUAGGAGGAACUGACGAAGAUGAAGAUUUAAAUGUAGAUGGGGAUGGGGAUAUAUAUGGUUCCCCCCAGUAUUCAGAGAGGGACAUCAUAUUGCCAUGUGAAGAUAGUGCUGAAGACACUGCUUUAAGGAAAGCUGUUGUGGGAAGUGAAUUAAAGCAUUUGCAGUCAGAUGUCAAACAUGGGAAUGCAACAGAUCCAAAAGGUGAUCCAAUAUUAGAUGUUUUAAAGAAAAGGAUUAGAGAACUAGAAACCAGACUACAAAGUAGAGAAGAAGAUUACAAAUGUCUAAUAUGUAUGGAGAGAUACCGUACUCCAGUUACCUCAGUGUGUUGCUGGCAUGUUCACUGUGAACAAUGUUGGCUGCAAACUUUGGGAGCUAAAAAAUUAUGUCCCCAAUGCAACAUGAUUACAUCGGCAUCUGAUCUGAGAAGAAUUUACAUGUGAGAUACUCCAUGUUUUGAAUCAUGAAUAGAUGAUUUUGUGUUAAUCAAUUAGAAUAUGAUCACUUUUUCACAA